UAACAUUCAACCUCCUUCAAGUCCCAGCUAUUUGCCACCAUAUUAUCAUUCCCAGUCCCUUCGCUCACUAAAAUCUCGAAGCCGUGUUUGCAUCACUGGAGCAUCUCAACGCAUCAAUCUGAGAUUGGCGUGUAUUCGAAGUCCAGCCUGUCAAAUCGUCCAAGGACUCAAUCCUAGCCGAAAAGACUGCCAACCGCUCUUGGAUAAGAUUCUGAAUUUUGAAACAAGCUUUUCUCGAUGAGGUCCCGCGAAUCGUAGUGCCGAGGAGUCGCGGAAUCAUUUGCCUUUUUGUUCUGCUUAUGCAUGUGUGUGAAUGUUCAGCCAAGUAUAUCAUCCGGUUCCGCCUGGGAUGACAGAUGGAUCAUUCCGUUCGAGUGUUGGAAGAAGCUGUCUUGCCAUCUACCAGCAUGAUCACUGCGAAAGACAUCCAGUCUCGGUCUAUAGCCGUCGGAGACCUCGACAUGCACAUUCUGGAAGCGUUCCCAGAAGGAGUGGAGCACGCUCCUCUGCUCGUUCUCCUGCACGGCUUCCCCGAACUGGCCUACUCCUGGCGCAAAGUGAUCGGGCCUUUGGCGGACGCGGGAUACCAUGUCGUGGCGCCGGACCAGCGGGGCUACGGGCGCACCGUUUCCCGCGACUCGCCUGCGCGGAGGGUCGACUACGGGGACGAUCUCUCUCCGUUCCGGAUCACGAAUCUGGUCAAAGACGUUCUUGGGCUUGUGUUUGCUCUCGGGUACCGAUCUACCGCUGGCGUCGUGGGACACGACUACGGCUCGCCCGUUGCAGCCUACUGCGCUCUCAUUCGGCCUGAUGUCUUCCAGUCAGUCGUGCUCAUGAGUGCUCCGUUUGCGGGUCCUCCAGCCCUCUCUCCUUCACCCACAUCCAGCGACUUUUCCGCUCUCGCUGGUCCGUUGGCUGAACUAAAUCCUCCUCGGAAGCACUAUAUGCUGUACUUCAGCACCGACCGUGCCAAUAAAGAUCUGAUCUAUCCCCCGGAAGGGUUGCGCUCCUUUCUGCGGAACUACUUCUACGUCAAGAGCGCUGAUUGGACAGAAAACGCCCCGGAAUCGCUGUCGGGUCCGCUGGUUCCUGCACUCGCGUCGCUGCCAGACUACUACGUGAUGCCUCUCCACGCGUCCAUGCCCGAGGCGGUGCGCCCGUACCAGCCGUCGGAGGACGAUCUCUCGUGGUUCCCGGAAGACGACCUCGACUUCUAUGUGCAGGAGUUCUCGCGCACAGGAUUCCAGGGCGGUCUCAACUCCUACCGAGUCAUGACCAGCCGUGACUGGCAGGCGGAUCUCGAGCUGUUUGCGGGGAUGCAGAUCGUCGUUCCCGCCAUGUUCCUCGCGGGCAAAGAGGACUGGGGGACGUACCAGCGUCCCGGCGGUGUCGAAGCGAUGCGCGAGUCCGCGUGCGCCCACUUCGACGCGCUCGUUCUCGUCGAGGGGGCGGGGCACUGGGUGCAACAGGAGCAGAGCGAGCGGGUCGUCGAGGAGAUAGUGCGAUUCGUGCAAAAGCAUAGCAAGUAAUGGGCAGGCGGUACGGUACAGGUAAGUAGCAAGGAACAUUGGGUAAUGUAGGAUAUGUAUGACAUUCGUAUGCGGCGUUCAGAGGUUUUCCAGUCAGCGCGGAUGAUCGAUGAAGAUUUUGACUCGCUGGCCGAUCCAGCGAGGAUGGGAUUUGUCUUCCUCGACGCGGAUCUUCACUCGACCGGAGCAUUCGUUUAUGGAUGAGCCUGACUUGACUGACGAAUGCAUCUUGUUUGACAAAGCCGCAAAGUGGAGGAAAAUGUCACUGCUGGCGCGCUUGAUUUCUCCCGGGGGAGAGCAAGUGCACUUCAUAACGAGAGUAUACGAGGUUGAUGUGCGAUAUUUAUGAUGGACUAGGGUGCUGAGGGACGUGGUCAGAGACGCCACAGGAGAAAGAACAGCGACUAGAUUGUACCCGAAUGACAACGACGUUUUCU